UCCAGGGGUGGAGCCGGGAGCCGGGAGCCGCAGACCAGACGCUCGGCGCUCGCAGCCAUGGGCCAGGGGUAUCGGAGAACUAGUGGGUCGCCGGCACUGGGGCUGCUGCUGCUACUGCGACUACCGUGGCAGGUGUGGGGGGCUGAGGCGUUUCGAGGGAACACCGCUGGAGAGCCAGUCAUCCCGCACUGGGUCCUGGAUGGACGACCCCGGCACAUGGUCACCCUGGAGGAGCGGGUCUCGAAGCUAGAAGUGGGGCUUGUGGCCUUGAAGGCUGAAGGCCAGGGGCUGCUCCUCGAGCUGGAGAAGAACCACAGGCUGCUGGCCCCAGGGUACACGGAAACCCACUACGGCCCAGAUCGGCAGCCAGUGGUGCUGGUCCCCAACCACACGGAUCAUUGCCACUACCAUGGGCGUGUGAGGGGCUUCCCAGACUCCUGGGUAGUCCUCAGCACCUGCUCUGGGAUGAGGGGUCUGAUCAUUCUCAGCAGCAAUGCCAGCUAUUAUAUGCAUCCCUGGUCAGCUGAGGACUCCAAGGACUUCUGGACCCACAAGAUCUUCUGGAUGGAGCGGCUGCUCAGCUGGAAAGGGGCCUGUGGCCACAGGGACCCAGGGGACAAAAGGGACAUGGCCAGCCUUUCUCAAGCUACCCGGAUCAGGGAGAGGCGGGAGUCCCCCUGGAGCCCCAGGUACCUGGAGCUGUACCUAGUGGCUGACCACACCCUGUUCUUGACCCAGCACAGGAACUUGAACCACACCAAACAGCGUCUUCUGGAGGUCGCCAACUACGUGGAUCAGGAGCACAGGAUUGGCCUCAGCCCUGCCCCGCUGCGCCUGCAGAUUCUCAGGACUCUAGACAUUCAGGUGGCGCUGACCGGCCUGGAAGUGUGGACUGAGCAGGACCGGAGCCGGGUCACGUCAGAUGCCAAUGCCACGCUCUGGGCCUUCCUGCAGUGGCGCCGGGAACUGUGGGCACGGCGGCCCCACGACUCGGCACAGCUGCUCACGGGCCACGCUUUCCAGGGCGCCACCGUGGGCCUGGCGCCCGUCGAGGGCAUGUGCCACGCCGAGAGCUCUGGAGGCGUGAGCACCGACCACUCAGAGCUCCCCAUUGGCGCUGCAGCCACCAUGGCCCACGAGAUAGGUCACAGCCUCGGCCUCAGCCACGACCGCAACGGCUGCUGUGUGGAGGCCACGGCGGAGCAGGGAGGCUGCGUCAUGGCAGCGGCUACCGGGCAACCAUUUCCGAGAGUGUUCAGCGCUUGCAGCCGCCGCCAACUGCGCGCCUAUUUCCGAAAGGGGGGCGGCGCGUGCCUCUCCAACGCGCCGGAUUCCGGCCUCCUGGUGCCGCGGGCGCGCUGCGGGAACGGCUUUGUGGAAGAGGGCGAGGAGUGCGACUGCGGCACUGGCCAGGAGUGCCUGGACUCCUGCUGCCUGGCCCACAACUGUUCGCUGCGUGCGGGGGCCCAGUGCACCCACGGGGACUGCUGCGCAUACUGCCUGCUGAAGCCGGCGGGUGCGCUGUGCCGCCGGGCUGUGGGCGACUGUGAUCUCCCUGAAUUCUGCACGGGCACCUCCCCCUAUUGUCCCCCGGACAUUUACCUACUGGACGGUUCUCCCUGUGCCAGUGGCGGCGGCUACUGCCGGGAUGGAGCAUGUCCCACGCUUGAGCAGCAGUGCCGGCAACUCUGGGGGCCUGGCUCCAGCCCAGCCCCGGAGGCCUGUUUCCAGGUCGUGAACUCCGCGGGAGACGCCCACGGGAACUGCGGGCAGCGUGGAGACGGCAGCUUCGUGCCCUGUGCACAGAGGGAUGCGCAGUGUGGGAAACUGCAAUGCCAGGGCGGGGAGCAGAGCGCGCUGGUGCCACACACAGCGCCGGUGGACUCCACCAUACACCUAGGUAGCCGCGAGGUGACCUGCAGGGGAGCCUUCGUGCUGCCGGGUGCCCAGCUGGACCUGCCUGACUUGGGCCUGGUAGAGUCAGGCACCCAGUGUGGACCUAGAAUGGUAUGCCAGGAAAGACGCUGCCAGAACACUACCUUCCGAGAGCUGGAGCUCUGCCUGGCUGCCUGCCAUGGCCACGGAGUCUGCAAUAGUAACCGUAAUUGCCACUGUUCUCCAGGCUGGGCUCCGCCUUCCUGUGACAAGCCAGGGUUCGGUGGUAGUGUGGACAGUGGUCCUGUGCAGCCUGAAAGCCAGGACACUUUCACACUGGCAGUGAUCCUUAGCUUUCUGUUGCCUCUGCUCCCUGGGGUCGGCCUGGCUUGGUGCUGCUUCCAGCACCCAGGACUCCAUCUCCAACAGUGCCUCUGGGGCUCAAGGAGGGACCCCAUGAGCAGGAGGUCCAGACAUGGCUCAUGCAGGGACCGCCCUCUGGGCAGUGUUCACCCCAUGGAGCUGGGCCUGACAACCACUGGAGAGCCCCGGCCCCUGGACCUUGAGAACUCGGCCGGGACCCAAGAGCCACCUUGAGAAGCCUGAGCCCCGCGGCCCUGCUUGUACCCCCAAGCAAGUAGAGUCCAAAAGCCAAGAUCCCGUCUCUGGCUGGUGAAAGGCGACUCCUGAGAUGAGAAGACUUAAGGACAGGUGGCUACUGACAGUGGCUCCAGGCACUUGGACCCCCAGGGGGAGAGCCAGCAAGUCAGCCCAUGUCUUGCACCUUCACGAAGCUUUAAGAUUUCUUCCCUGAAGUUACGUCCACACCAUCUACUCCAGGACCCUGGAGCCUCAUCAGAACUUGCUCAAUGGUGUCCUUGUUCUUUGGGGCUGCAGGAUCCUGCUAGGGUACCCCCUCCAAUGCAAGCAAGAAUCCAUGAGUUCCAGGAGCAAAGGUCAUGGAGUCCCUGACCUCCGGUCACUAGGGGGUGCUGAGUCAUGCCAGGCACCUAGAGAGGCCUCUGUCCAGGCAGCCUAGUCUGCUCUGCUAUAGGCACUUUAUUUAGAGGUAGCUGCUCUGUGGAGGGGAGUGACUGCUGCGCCAGAAGCCGAGACUCCAGGGGCCCUUGGCAGACUGAGUCCACUUCCUUGGAGCCACCCCUGCAAUACAAACAAACAAAAUCCUGGGGACUUUCCUCCUGCCUCCUCCUGCCCUGUCCUGUUUCCCAGAUGCUUCCUCAGCCCCACCCCACUCCUAGUCCUCAGACGAGGUUUUAUUGGUGCACGGGGCCAGCUGUGGUCCCUUCACUUUGGACAUAAAUCAGCCUCUCCUCCAUUCCAUGGGUGGGGACAAAGGAAGCCAUUUCGGAAAGGACACCAAAGUAGAAGUCAGAAGAAAGACACAUCGCCCUGGAA